CGGAAAUUCUUCGGUUCCUCUACCUCACCAUCCAGGCUCCCCUUCUUCCCCGAAACGGCCUUAGCGCAUUUUCAGGGCACAAACCCUUUUUCGACAUUUCGGCAAAAGAGACGCGAAAUUUGUUCCUCCCCCCAUCACCAAUUCGACACUUGACCCUCUCGUUGAAGCCUAGGCAUUUUCGGUUGCGAAUACCUUCAACACCCAACCCACCUCCAACACACGAUUCCGCAACCAUGUCUACCCAAAGCGUCCAGUGCUUCGGCAAGAAGAAGACGGCUACUGCUGUCGCCCACUGCAAGGCCGGCAAAGGUCUCAUCAAGGUCAACGGCCGACCGCUCUCUCUCGUCCAGCCUGAGAUUCUCCGAUUCAAGGUCUACGAGCCUCUCCUAAUCAUUGGCCUCGAUAAGUUCGCCGAGGUCGACAUCCGUGUCCGCGUCACCGGCGGUGGUCACACCUCGCAGGUUUACGCCGUCCGCCAGGCCAUCUCCAAGGCCCUCAUCGCCUACUACCAGAAGUACGUCGACGAGCACAGCAAGAACCUGCUCAAGCAGGCCCUCGUCCAGUACGACCGAACCCUCCUCGUCGCCGACAACCGUCGGUGCGAGCCCAAGAAGUUCGGCGGUCCCGGCGCCCGCGCCAGGUACCAGAAGUCCUACCGUUAAACGAUGUUUCCCUCCCUGUCCUUGGGG